AUGGUUCGCAGUGAUACAAAUGCGCCAGGGAGAUUACGGCAAUUAGCCAGGAGAUCUACGCUUAACUUUGAUGACACAUUGUCCGGUUUGCCCUCUGCUCCAUUGGGGCCAGGAUGGCGAUCAGCAGCGGCUGAUUUACUGGCGACCGGUGAAGCAGCCGUACAGAGAAGGCGCUCUAUUAGGCAUCUACGUAGAUCUGCUACAGUUGAUAAUCCACCCAGUGAACAGCAUAGUGAACAGGACUUGGAAAAGCUACCGUUGCACGUACACGAUAACAACGAAGGCGUUUUUGUAGAUGGAGAAGGUCCUAUGUUCCCAGAUAUACGAAUACGCUUCCAUGUGGAUCCACCAAAUUCUAUCAUUAUGACCCUUAAUAAUAGUCUAUACGAUGAUCAGAAAUCACCGGAUAGCUUUUUGCUAACGAGGCUGGAGCUAGUAGUACCAUAUAAGUCUGAUGGCUUAGUAUUUGCCAGUCUCGAUAAAAUUACCGUAGAGGAUUUGUCUGUAUAUGAUAGCCAAUGUUUGCCGGUGCUGGAACGAUAUAGCUCACAGCUUAAACAACCAUUGGGUCCAGGAAUAGAUAGGAAAAUAUACCCCGACCCAAUACCAUCAACUUCAUCUUUCGCACCUAUACAUUACCAUUCAAGCCAAAGUCAAACACUAACAAGACGGUUAGAAGACCCAGUGACUUCUCCGCGACCACAUAAGAAAGCGAAAAAGAACACACCAGAGUCUCCGCCACCAUUGCUACCAUUCCCAACUACUGUGACGCCUUGUGCGUACUUUAAUAGCUAUACAGAGUCAAUUGAAUCUGUGCCAUUCGCACCUCCUCAAAGACUCACUAUAGAUUUACAACCAGGACGAGCAACUAGAUAUUUAGCUAUUAGAUUCUUGAACUCUCAUGGAUCUAGAUUUGAUGCCAGUCGAGUAAAAGCUUUUGGAUAUAGAGCGAGUAAGGUAUACAACAGUAGCGAAUAUCACUAGAUUAGUUUUCAGUUAUUGUAACAGUAGCAAGUUUCAUCGAGAUUGUAUAUCGAUAUGUACAUUAUUAUUACAUCAGUUU